AUCUACAUCCAUAUGGUUUCUAUGCAAACAUCCACAACUUUCUAGAAGGUUUUUACAUUUUUGUAUAUCUUGGCUGUCCUAUUAAAACAAAAUGUUUAUCAGAAGAAGGACUAUGUUAAGGAAUGAGAGAGAAAUAAACGACGUCAACAGGGAAAAAAUGGAGGCGGUUUUUCAUCAGUGUGAUAUGGGCAAGAAAGGUUAUUUAUCUAGAGAAGAUCUUAAGAUAGCGGUGGUCAUGCUGUUUGGAUACAAGCCAUCCAAGUCAGAGACAAACAUCUUAAUGGAAAAUGGCUCUUCUAAAGGCGGUUCAGGAGUCCCACUAGAGCAGUUUAUGUCUCUCAUGGUGAGGAAGAUGUCAGCAGAAGAUCCAUAUGAGAAGACGAGGCAGAUCUUCACUGCGUUUGAUGUACACUGUCAUGGCUUUUUGAAGCUGGAGGACUUUAAAAGUGCCUUCAAGCGAGUGGCUCCUCGUCUGCCAGAGAGAACAGUUCUGGAGGCUUUCCGACAUGUGGACCAGGAUUCUGACGGUCAUAUCAGCUUCAAGGACUUUGAAAACGUCAUCUGCUAUGGUUUGGCGAACAGUUGAGGCACAUAAAAAGAGAGUUUUGGAACUGCAAUACAGACCUUAUCAUCACUGUGCUGUGAAGAAAACAAACCCAAAACAUCUGUAUUCUCAACGUAACAUACAGUAUUGUUUCUUUUUUAUUAUUAUUUAAAGCUUUGAUAGUCAGGUGUUCACACAGACUUUCCAAUAGAUCGUUUUUAGCAAUUUAGAGACACCAUUUGGGCUUGUCUGUUGAAAGACAGAGUAACUUCAGAUGCUUGACAUCAGGGUUUGAUGAUGAGUUUUGAUGUCAUAUCGAUCAAGUUGGUCCGAGGCAACACUGUGUAAUGGAGAACCGCACAUUUCUAUUGUGCAGUUGCCUUACAAACUGCAUUCAAUUUAACCCAACCUCUCAUGGUCUUAUUAACUGGCUGAGCGAACAAUAUUGCCUUCCCUAACCUCACUCCCCUAUCCCUCUGAUAUUUUGUACUCAGUACCUCAUAAAAUGCCUUCUUUGAGUUCUGUCACCCUAUUUUACAACACAUGGGUUGGAUCUUUAAAGGACCAGUUCCCCCAAAAAUGAAAAUACUUUCAUAAUUCACUCCCAUACGACUUUCUUAUGCGGUACACAAAAGGAGAUGUUUCAAUGAAUAUUACGGGCUGUCUUUAGGAAAAAAUGCUUCCCUUUAAAGCUUAAAUAAUUCACCAAAAGUGUGAUAAAUGUAGUCCAUGUGACAGCAAAUUCCAAAUCUUCUAAAGGGAAAUGAUACUUUUGGGGUUGUAUCUCAUCAAACCGAAGUAUUUUUCAGUCAAAACUUGAGCGCUAAUUAACUCAAGUUCUCAAGUACUCAACGUUUGUUUACAGCAAGUAAACAAUGCUUUUUUAAAUUAUGAAAUAAUUAAUAACAGUAUGUGCUACUGCUUGAUAAAGUCACAAUUGUCGCCUCUAAGCAAAAUGUGCUUAAAAAAUAUUUUCCAAAAGACGCAAAAUUUACCCUCAAACAAAAUCAGUGGCUACAUAAAAACAUGUUCAAGGAGAGAAAAAAUGUAAAUGCUUUAUCAAUCUCUAUGCUUGGGUCUCUAUUAACUGCCAUUGUAGUGAAAAGAAGGAGUAGGAUCUUCAUUAAAACAUUUCCUUUUGUCUUUAACAUAAGAAAGCCACAUCGAUGUUUGGAACAAUAUGAGUAAACUAUGACAGAAUUAAAACUUUUAGGUGAAGCAUUUCUUUAAAUGUCCCCUCCCUUAUUUCCAAUUUUGCAAGAAAUAAGCAGGUUGCCUUGAAACUUGAUAUUGAUCAGAUUCAAUGAGAUUCAGACGCUUGAGAUUGUGUGACUUCCCUUGUUACAUGUGAUUAUGGAACUGUAAAUACUUGUUUGUGUUUUGAGAGAUUUGUUG